AUGUUACGAUGUCAAAAUAUCGCCUGGAAAAUGUAUUUUCGUGAGGCUGGACUACCAAAGUCCGUGAGCAGAAAUAUCGCCUCGUUCAAUACUUCUCAACAUCUUCUGACACUUCGAUCAAUCACUACUACCCUAAGCUUUCAAACACUCAAAUCAGCCAGAAUGUCUGCCCCAAACCAAGGCCGCCAAUCGCCUGACCCAGAGAACCAGACCAGCGACCAAGCUGGCACUCAAGCGAAGCCGAACGACCAGGGCGGCGCCCCCGCUGGCAGCAACGAUUCCAAGGACGCUUCGGACAAGACGAAGAGUGGUCUUGAGUCUAACCCUACUCACAUACUCGAGAAAGCUGCACAAGACAAGACGGCAAAGUGA